AUGGCAAAGGCCACGAUAGAGCCGUUCGACGGCGGAGACUUUGAGGAAUACCAGGAAAGACUAAAUUUUUUUUUCAUUGCCAAUGAAAUUGGACAAGUGGCGUCCAGUGCGUCAAACGCGGAUAAGGCGAAAGCUGACAAGCGCAUGACGGCUUACCUUAUUUCUCUACUGUCGAAGACUGUUUACUCGACGUUGAAGACCCUGUGCUUGCCAAGAAACCCGACGGAUUUCAAGUACUCCGAGAUCGUUGACAAGCUGAAAGUACAUUACAAGGUGAAAACCUCACGGACGACGGCGACACACAAGUUCCGUCAAUGUGUUCAAGGGCCCUCGGAGAGUGUUACUGAUUAUUCUCAUAAACUCCAGCGCUGUGCUGUAGAGUGCAAGUUCGGCGAUCAUUUGGACAGAGCUCUUUGUGAUCAGUUUGUGGCUGGGCUGCGCGAUCUAGACACGCGCAAAUUUAUUUUGUCAAAGCCGGACGACGACGUAAAGUCAUUUCAGAACGUAUUUCAACUGGCGUUGACGGAGGAGACGGCAGGUCUGUUUGCUCGUACUCUACAGGCCAGUGGGAGCGCCAGGGACCAAGUCCAAGAUGACGGAGUGCACGAGUUGCGGACGAGGCACUCGUCGGACAAGCACAAAUUUCAGUCAAAGUCCAAGUCCAAAACACCCACUACUAAGUCUAAGGCAUGUUAUCGUUGUGGUGUCGCCAGCCAUUUGGCCACUGCAUGUAAGCACAAAGACACUCGCUGCCGACACUGCCACAAGACUGGCCAUCUGGAGCGGGUGUGUCUGUCCAAGAAACGCCAGCAAGAUUGUCAUCAACUCCAGGAGACGAUCAGUUCUGAUGAUGAGUGUGUGGAUCUGCUUCUGCCUGUGUGA